CCCGUACUUUAAAGCACGGAAGUGCCGUUGUUUACGGAAUCAGGAGGAAGUGAUGAUAGCUCCACGGAGCUAAGCGAUUAAUUUACUCUGGCUACAAAAACAAUGCCGCGCUGAACAGAUGGACAACUGUAUGCACUUAAAAUAUGUUUUACACAUGUGUGUUUCCGCUAGGAGCUUGUGACGUGGUUGGAGUGAGUGACGUUAACUCUGACUCACAACUAGCGAUGCUAGCUAGUUAGCUGACGUUGACACAGUGUUGUUGGUUUAUCAUCAUGCUCGGUGUGGUGGACGUCAGUGGACGGUAGACCAGCUCAUAUACGUGCACGACCUGUUUAACGCUGCCCACACCGAGUCUAACAAAGUGGCACAUCCAGUUUAAAGAGAGAGCGUGUCAGGUCAAAGCUGCCUUUUCUUCACUUCACUGACUGUUGUCGCAAUUUUUUUUUUUUGUUUUGUUGAGGGGGGCAUGAUGGCAGAGACUAUAGUAACUUUUCAGUCCCAACUCUCCGGCGUCAUGGAAACGGUUUUCAAAGCUGCCAUGUACGAGAUCACCAGGCUGGUGGAGGACAGUUUUCUGGAGGAGGUGACGCGGUGCAGGGAGCAGGUCGAGUCCCUGAAGAGGCGGCUCAAGUGGUCGGAAAGCCGGCGUAAGGAUAGAGAGGGAGACCGGAGAGAGAGGUGUGUGGAGUGUGGAAAAGUCGGGGUGUCCAGUGCGGAGGAUCCCAGAGCGACAGAGAAAAAUCUGAAACAGGAAAGUGCGCUGCAAGAAGAGAGAAACAGCUCCCAGUGCACUGAUGCAGAGACACCUACUCAUGAAGAGGCAGAGGGCCACAGUACCAUGACUGCACCACAGUCUCCAGGUGUCCAGUGUGAAAAGCUGGACAGACUGCUCAAGGAGGAAGGUCUUCGGAUCACGCCAGAAACUAAUGAGUCCCAAGAGAGAUGGGGAGUCAGUUUGGAGGAACCGGAGGCAUCAGGUCUGCCGGGGCCCAGUAAGCGUUACAGUGACCAGAAGAUCCCAAAGUGCAACGUGAACUGGGAUGUUGGCUUUGACCAGAGGCCAGAAUCAGCCCAAGAUGGACAUUCAGGUGACCCAUCUGAACAGCUUUUCCAGAGCAGGUAUGGUAUGGAAGAGUUGGGUGGCUUUGACAAACCUGGCUAUGGAGACGGCAGUAUGAUAGACAUGCCUAACUUGGAUGGGUUACAAGGAUCACCAUCCCACCUGGGUGAGGAUUUGAGUUACAUGGGACACUAUGAGGGGGAUGUGGAAGCACCAGAAGGAGCUGAACAUCAAGCUUACCAAGCAGGCACUCCACGGAAUAGAAGAGGCACGGUUGGUUCACCUGCAGGCUCACCCUCAAGGACUAACAUUGAUGUAAGUGGAGAGUUCAGCUGUUUACUGAUCAAUGAAGAAGGGUAUCUGCAGGACCAGAGUAUCUUGUACCCUGAACAUGUGUCUGGUGAAUCAGGUGGCAGGUUAAACCUCCGGAGCCAGGGCGUUCGCAUUGACACAACUUCAGAUGGCACAGCAAACAUGUAUGGGCCAUCAGAUGCAUACAGUGACACCUUAAACCUGGGUGAGAGGUUGCAACAUCAGGUAGGAGGGCGAGGAGGGAGGAGACAAACCUGCAACCAGUGCUCCAUGUCCUUUCCAGACUCUGCCUCAUUGAAGGCCCAUAAGCAGACGCACAAAGGCACCGGACAGGUGCCACCAUACUCCUGCAACCAGUGCGGAAAGACCUUCACUCAAGCCUGUAACCUCAAAGUCCAUCAGAGGAUUCACUCGGGGCAAGGGCUCCACCUCUGCAGCCACUGCGGCAAAGGUUUCUCUUCUUUCUCUGACUUAAAGACACACAAGUGCGGCCAAACGGGUGACAAACCUUACUGCUGCACUGUAUGCGGGAACAAGUUCAGUCGUCUCUGGAAUCUGAAGUUGCACCGGAGAAUUCACACCCAGGAAAAACCUCAUCGGUGCACAAUGUGUGAUAAGAGUUUUACACGGGCAGACAUACUGAAGGUUCACCAGCGUACCCACACGGGUGAACGACCAUACUGCUGCACCGUCUGUGGCCUCAGCUUCAAGCGCCUGGACCAUCUCAAAUCACAUCAACGCAAACACAUGACAGAUUUAUAAAACUAGGGAAGUUUUGUGAGGGAACAUCAGAGAAUUUGUUGUAUUAAGAGAUUUAAAAAUAAUGCUUUUAUUUCUGAGCCAUUUAUCAGUUAAAGUCAUGUUUUUUUUUUCCUUCUCUUCAAUUCCAACUUCUUUGUUUUCUUUUUUUUCCAAAAAUGUUUUGUUGGUAUGAAAAUCACAGGACAAACAUAACUUUAGUUUGAUUUAUUGCUGCAUAUUUUGUUACUGAAAAAAAAAAUCACUUUAAGUAAACUUGAACAAAAAUGCUGAGUAACGUUGUGAUUACAUUAAAGAUUGAAAAACUGUUUCUUGGAAGUGAACAAUUAAAACCAAAGCCAUUACAGUUAAUUCCAUUUUCAUUACAAGUUGUUUGAACAUUUUCAUUUUUUUUUUUAAAUCAGUGAACUCACUUGAAAAUACUUGAUCUUUUCGUGGAACAAACUUAAUUGGAAAAUUACAGUUUUUAGUGUAUUCAAGGUUUUUUCAAGGUAUAAGGACCCAACCUUUAUUUUUGAAUAAACAGUAUUGCAGUACACAGUAAGGGUGUUUAUUUAUACAGAAUUACUUUCAUGGUCACGUAUAUAAUUACAUAAUCUGUUAGGUGAAUCCCAUGUAUUUAUUUAUCCCUAUAUUUCUAUGCAUUAAGCUUGAAUUGAUAUUAUCUGCCAAAGGGCACAUAGGGAAAAAUUAUACAUGACUGCAAGCUUAAGACGAGAGGGACAACAUUUAU